UAAUAUUUACUCAGCAGUAGGCUCCAUUUAUAGACGGCCUCUGACGCUGGAACCGACACGCAAAAGAGGACUGAUUCGUUGUGAUCUUGUUUAAUAAAAACGACAACUCAUCCGGUCGUAGGCUGUAUGGCAACCAUGUGAGUAGUAGUAGUAGUAGUAGGGACAUGAACCUGUGUUCUGGUUCCGCACGGAUGGCACAGACGUCCGCUUCCUCAAACGCAAUGGUCGCACAACUAAAAUGCAACAAGUGAACUAGGACACCUUUGAAAAGACUGACUGACAUAACGUAACAUAACCUGCAGAUGCAGGGUAACGUAGACGCUGCAGGAGCAGGAGUCUUGGAUGAUAACAUGGCAGAAGGAGAUCUGGGGGACGGUAUGGACAUACGUCUGGCGGCCCUCGACAUCCAGACCAACGGGCCCCAGCAGCCUGUGACACCCCGCGGAACGGAGCUCCACCGAGACAGCACAGUGAGCGACACGGGCUUCUCUCUGACAUCGUACGGCAUGCCGAAUACGUCGUUGAAAACAAGAUCAGGGUCCCUGGUGGACCUUUCAAAAGAAGAGCUAAGAGAGCGACUGCAGGAGGCAACUGAGACACUGGAGGUUCUACGCUGUGAGCUGGAGGUGACACACCGCUACCUGGAGGGGAAAUACGAGGCAUUGAAGAUCCUACAAGGAAAGACGAUCCUGGAGAAAGCCACCAGCCACACCAAGAGCCUGCUGCAGAAGAGUGAGGAGCGGGCCAGGGCCCUGGAGAAGGAGGUGAAUGGCUUACAGUGGGAGAUAACGUCCAAUCAAGUGCAGAUGAAGAAAUGUGAACAGUCAUGGGAGCAGAAGUUCAACAGAAUGAACAGUGAAAACCAGGCACUGACCAGUAGUAUGGAGGAAAGGCUGAAGGAGAGCCGAGAGCUGAAGGCUGAAAACACAGGGUUGAGUCAACAGUGCAUGGAGCUUCUCUCCAUGCUGAGCGUUAGAGAGCAGAAGGCCUACGAAAGCACCAAGCCUCCGUGUGGCCAUGGGAGAGAUGGCACCCUCCUUGAGUUGGCGGUGCUAGGGGCCUGCCGCUGUCCCGGGGUCAUGGAGUCCUGUCCUUGUGCCAAGACCGCUGCUGCUAGCAGGACACAACUCCUGCAGCUCAGACAGGAGCUGGACCUCCUGGUGAGGAGCAGGGAGGAGGCCCUCCUGAUGGCGGAUGCUUUCCGCAUCGCUUUUGAACAGCAACUGAGGAAGCGGAGCGACUGCCUCCUGCUUCAGGCCGAGGCGCACACGCCCAAGGCCCACCCUAGGGAGACACAGGGCAAGUCCCACCCUAGGGAGACACAGGGUGCAAACAGAACUCUGGUUGGUGUGGCUCAAAGACUAAGAGCCAUUCUUCCCUCGGGCCUGGAAGCCAAAGCAUCACUUGAACACACCGAUACCCUGCAAAAACUCCUGGACUUGCUGAAUGACAAGGAGGAGGCUCUUGCUCACCAGAGGAAGGUGAGCCACAUGUUGGCCCACAACGCGAAAGAGCUGCAGAAACAGUUACCUGUUGAAGCUACGUGGCCAUUAGACUCGCAGACCGAACCAUUGUAACUCUUCCCCCCAGUCCUUGAGGAAGUCACAGUUCAAGACAAGCUCACUGCUAAGUCCAUCAGGUUCAAAGAAUAAGCGAUACCAGUUACAUAACUCUACUGUUCCUCCAAAGGGAACGCAAGACACUCCGAACCCAAAAGAGGUGUCAUUAGACGGUGCAGCCCACUAAGAUCCCGACCGGAGAACCCCCAGCCAGAAAGACUCCCAAAGGAGAACCCCCAGAGACAAAGACCCCCACAGGAGAACCAGCUAACACAAAGACCCUCACAGGAGAACCACCAGACCCAAAGACCCCCACAGGGGAACCAUCAUACCCAACGACCCCCACAGGAGAACUACCAGACACACGGACUCCGCCAGACCAGCCACCAGAGCCCGAAGAGCCACUUGAUUCCAAGAACCUGCCAGAUGAACUAGCAGGAACCAAUACCCUUUUAAUGCAACCACCAGACAUUGAGGGACCACCAGAUGCCAACACUCAGUUACCAGAAUCAAGGGAAACCAGCAGCCACAAGAUCUACCUGACACCAAGACCCUGAGGACUAUUAGAUGUGAAAACCCAUCCACAAGAACCACCACACACACCAAGAGCCAUCCAUGGGGUCCACCAGACACCAACACCCAUCCAUAGGGUCCACCAGACACCAAUAUACCCAUCCAUGGGGUCCACCAGACACCAACACCCAUCCAUAGGGUCCACCAGACACCAACACCCAUCCAUAGGGUCCACCAGACACCAAUAUACCCAUCCAUGGGGUCCACCAGACACCAACACCCAUCCAUAGGGUCCACCAGACACCAACACCCAUCCAUAGGGUCCACCAGACACCAACACCCAUCCAUAGGGUCCACCAGACACCAACACCCAUCCAUAGGGUCCACCAGACACCAAUAUACCCAUCCAUGGGGUCCACCAGACACCAAUAUACCCAUCCAUGGGGUCCACCAGACACCAAUACCCAUUCAUAGGGUCCAGCAGAUUUUAAAUACCUGUCCUUGGUAACUACCAGAUGCCAGGACCCAGCCACCAGGACCACACGAUACCCUACACCAACACAAACAAUCAUGGCACAAACCAGACCAAAAAUCUUAGGCCAUAGGAAGGAUAUAUGGUAAUUCAAUAAUAAUAAUAAAGGCAUUGAUCAUUCAAUGGCUUGUUUUCAUUUAUAACCCCUAUAUUACCGGUGCCCAUUGAGACCAGGGUUUUUUGUUGUUUUGUUAUAGUGCUCUGGGAACAGCGUAGCAAUCCGUUUUGCCAUGGUUACAAUACGUCAAUUAUAAAUAUCUGUAUCUCUGUACUGUAUCUUCCAUUAGUCUCUGGACGACAUCGGGAGCUUAUCAGGGUGACACUUUGAGAAGGGUUAACAGUCUUCUUUUUAAAUUAAACUAAUUGUUACUAAUAUAAUGUAAAUGUUAUUACUUUAGCAUGAAUACUAAUCUCUUGUUAUUCACGAUUUGUAUAUUUAUUGGAGAUCUGAUUUGAUGAUUGCGGAGUAGUUAUAACUUUAUGCGAUUCUUAAGAUAGAAGUGUAAGAGUUAAAUUGAGGUUAAAUGUAUUCAUCGUCUUAAUCAAAUAUUUGCAUUGAGUAAAGUCAACAGCACUGAAACAAAAGACAUCCUGUAAAACAGGAUUCGGUGCUUCUGA